CAGCCACUCUCUCCUUCCCGCCUCCUUUCUUCCUCAGCCAAGAAGACCACCACAGAGCCAGCAGGUAGUGGAGGCAUGAAGGGAAAAAACCAGCUGCACAACUGGGUUGUUGCCAUAAGACCAAGGCACUGAGAGACUCGAGUGGCUCCCUGACUCCUGGCCUGGACUUCCAGCUCUGCCAAGGUAACCAGGUCUCCUCAGCCUACUGGGCACUUCCAGACACAACGGAGGCUCGUGGCUUGUCCUGCGCCAACUCACGAUGCCCCUUGACAUGGGCACCAGUCCCUCCUUGCUAGCCCGUCCCCAAUGGCUGGACCUAUUCUCGUGCCCCUGGCCCCCUUGGGCACAGCCAGCACCCCUGGACACAAUCCCAAAAGGUCUCAGAGAGGACAACUCAAUCAUAAAGCACAGGGCCCCGGGGCUGCACAACUGCUCCAUUGACGAUGAAAAGCUCACAGCCAAGUACUUGCUAAGCAGGGACAAGAUGGAAAGGCAGCCUGAAACAGCUGGCCCAGGAGCCCCCUGCCUGGACCUGACUCCUCCAAACAGCUCCAGUCCAACUGCCCAGCUGAAUAGAAAGAGCCCUAGCCCCGCAGCGUUCUGUUUCCGCCCUCUUUCCACUCCUAUCUCCAUGGAGUUCCCACUCCACUUCUUCCCCCUCUACCCCAGGUACCCACUUCUCCUGCUUCCACCUUAUCUGUUCACCUAUAGAGCCCUGCCUUCGGUACAGUGUCCCUACCUCUUCAUACUGCCGCAAGACACCACCUAUCCCAUCAUGGCCAAUGACCCUGAGCACCCCAGCACCCCAAGGGAGAUCCUGCUUCUCAAUCAUGGGGCCUUUCAAGCCUCUGACCCCACCCUGUGCUCCCAGACCCUGCAUUCAGGCCUUAGAGCUGUCCCAACCCCCUCCCUGAGAACAAAGCAGGCUGGCAUGCCAGCUCCAGCGAAGCGGGCCUCCAUGGGCUCCCGGGUGGGCACCACCGCUCUCCCCUACCCACUGAAGAAAGAAAAUGGCAAAAUCCUAUACGAAUGCAACGUGUGCAGCAAGAGCUUUGGGCAGCUCUCCAACCUCAAGGUCCACCUGCGCGUGCACAGUGGAGAGCGACCAUUCAAGUGUGCCCUGUGCCAGAAGAGCUUCACCCAGUUUGCCCACCUGCAGAAGCACCAUAUGGUGCACACUGGGGAGCGACCUCACAAGUGCCAGAUGUGCCACAAGUCCUUCAGCAGCUCUAGCAAUCUCAAGACCCACCUGCGCUUGCACUCCAGGGUCCAGCCCUUCUGGUGCAGUGUCUGCGCCAGCCACUUCACCCAGCACAUCCAUCUGAAUCUGCACCAUCAGCGGCACGCUCCACAGCCCUGCAGCCUGGCUCACUCCUGCCUGCCUCUGGCUUCUCUCAACUGCCUUUCCCAAUGGCACCAGUGAGCACUGGCUCUUGUUGGGGUGCCCUCUCAGAAAAGCAGAUGGGUCGGGACAAGGACAGGGUCCAGGUGUCUUUGGUAUCCCAGGAAAAGCAAGGGCAGCCAGCCAAAGCCAGGUCUG